AUGCGUGAGGUCAUCAGCAUCAACGUCGGUCAGGCCGGUUGCCAGAUCGCCAACUCCUGUUGGGAGCUUUACUGCCUUGAGCACGGUAUCCAGCCCGAUGGAUACUUGACCGAGGAGCGUAAGGCGGCCGAUCCCGAUCAUGGUUUCAGCACUUUCUUCUCCGAGACUGGCCAGGGCAAGUACGUCCCCCGUGCUAUCUACUGCGAUCUUGAGCCCAAUGUCGUCGACGAGGUUCGCACCGGUCCCUACCGCGGUCUCUUCCACCCCGAGCACAUGAUCACUGGCAAGGAGGAUGCCUCCAACAACUACGCUCGUGGCCACUACACCGUCGGCAAGGAGCUCAUCGAUCAGGUUCUCGACAAGGUCCGCCGCGUUGCCGACAACUGCGUUGGUCUCCAGGGCUUCCUUGUCUUCCACUCCUUCGGUGGUGGUACCGGCUCUGGUUUCGGCGCUCUGCUCAUGGAGCGUCUGUCUGUCGACUACGGAAAGAAGAGCAAGCUUGAGUUCUGCGUCUACCCCGCUCCUCAGACCGCCACCUCUGUCGUUGAGCCGUACAAUUCUAUCCUUACCACCCACACCACCCUCGAGCACUCCGACUGCUCCUUCAUGGUCGACAACGAGGCCAUCUACGACAUCUGCCGUCGCAACCUGGGUCUUGAGCGUCCCAACUACGAGAACCUCAACCGCCUCAUUGCUCAAGUGGUUUCCUCCAUCACCGCCUCCCUCCGCUUCGACGGCUCUCUCAACGUCGACUUGAACGAGUUCCAGACCAACCUGGUCCCCUACCCUCGUAUUCACUUCCCCCUGGUUGCCUACGCGCCCAUGAUCUCAGCCGCGAAGGCCGCCCACGAGGCCAACUCCGUCCAAGAGAUGACCAUGUCUUGUUUCGAGCCCAACAACCAGAUGGUCAAGUGUGACCCCCGCCACGGCAAGUACAUGGCCACUUGCUUGUUGUACCGCGGUGAUGUCGUUCCCAACGAUGCCCACGCCGCUGUCGCUACUCUCAAGACCAAGCGUACCAUCCAAUUCGUCGAUUGGUGCCCCACUGGCUUCAAGCUUGGUAUCUGCUACCAGGCUCCCCAGAUGGUGCCUAACGGUGACCUCGCCAAGGUCAGCCGUGCUGUGUGCAUGCUUUCCAACACCACUGCCAUCGCCGAGGCCUGGUCCGCCCUGUCGACCAAGUUCGAUCUCAUGUACUCCAAGCGUGCCUUCGUUCACUGGUACGUUGGUGAGGGUAUGGAGGAGGGUGAGUUCUCCGAGGCUCGCGAAGAUCUCGCUGCUCUGGAGCGUGAUUACGAGGAGGUUGCCGCCGACUCCCUCGAGGGUGAGGAGGGCCUUGAGGCUGAGUACUAA